GCUUGAGGAGGUAAAGCAUCAGUGUACUGAGACAAGAAGGUUUGGGAAAGUGACGGAAGCCCAGAUGUAGGCACCCUGCCACGGGACUAUACACGGAGUUUGUUUUUAUCGUUUUAGACGGACAGACCAACGAUUAUUAUUUUUUAACGGAUCAAGAUGCUUUGUCAUGUUACACGUCCGGAUGCAGUGGUGAUGGAAAUAGAAGUUGAUUCGAAGGCAAACGGAGAGGACUGUCUAAACAAGGUGUGUGGUGCGUUGGGGAUCAUCGAGGUGGACUACUUCGGGCUGCAGUUCACGGGCAGCAAAGGGGAGAGCCUGUGGCUGAACCUGAGGAACCGGAUCGCCCCGCAGAUGGACCAUCUGAACCCGUGCAGACUGAGGCUCCGGGUCAAGUUCUUUGUGGAACCACAUCUCAUACUGCAGGAACAGACCAGACACCUGUUCUUCCUGCAUGUGACGGAGGACUUGCACCGUGGGCAUCUGCGCGUGUGCCCGGAGCGGGCGGAGGAGCUGAGCGCCCUGCUGGCGCAGGCCGAGUUUGGCGACUACGACCGGAACACCGCCAAGUACUGGUACAGCGAACUCACCGGCCACGAGCCCUGCCAGGCCACCAUCGACAGCAUCGUUGCCAAGCACCAGGCUCUGGCGGGUCUGGGCGUCGGACCGGUGCAGUACCAGGCCCUGCAGCUGGUGGCGUCCCUGGAGCACUACGGCGUGGAGUGGCACUGGGCGCGCGACGCCCACGGGCGCAGACUGGCCAUCGGAGUGGGCGCGGAGGGCAUCGCCGUCUGCAAGGAUGACUUCAGCCUGGUCAACAGAGUCUUGUAUCCCGUGAUCCAAAUCGCCACACAGUCAGGCAAGAGUGUGUAUCUCACCGUCACCAAGGAGACGAGCGACAGCGUGGUGCUGCUCUUUAAACUCGUCAGCAGCCGAGCAGCCAGUGGCCUUUACCGAGCCAUCACAGAAACACACGCCUUCUACAGGUGUGACACCGUGACCAGCGCCGUGACGAUGCAGUACAGUCGUGACUUCAAAGGCCACCUGGCGUCUCUCUUCCUCAACGAGAACAUCGACCUGGGCAAGAAGUUCGUCUUCGACAUCCGCCGCACGUCCAAGGAGGUGUACGACCACGCCCGCCGCACCCUCUACCACGAGGGCAUCGUGGACCUGAUGUCAUCCUCCCGCUCCUCGCCCCUCCAGGAGCAGCAGGGGGCGCCAGACUGCGGCGGCGGCUGUAAUCAGAACCGGGAGCUGCACGAGCGGCUGCGGGCGCUGCGGGAGGCGCUGUUGUGCGCGCUGUGCUGCGAGGGGCAGAUCGACGCAGCGUUUUGCCCCUGUGGUCACAUGGUCUGCUGUCAGAGCUGCGCCACACGCCUGCAGCUGUGUCCAGUGUGUCGCUCGGCGGUGGAGAACGUCCAGCACGUGUACCUGCCCACCUGCACCAGCCUGCUCAGCCUGACCCUCAGCGGAGCUCCGAGCAUCAGCCCCACACCCAGCAUCCCCGCGCCCAUCCCCCGCCACACGCUCAGCAGCCCAGCGCCCAGCAGCCCCACGCCUAUCACCCGCCACACACUCUCCCCGAGCGCUAACCCUAACCCCACGCAAGACUACGCCACAGAUGGCAAACUCUACCGCACAUGAACACUGCACAUCAAGGAUACUGCACUUCAGUACCACACACACACACACACACACAUCAAUACCACAUACACACACACACACACACACACACACAUGAACACCGCACAUGAACACUGCACAUCAAGAAUACUGCACUUCAGCGAUACUUACUACUGCACAUCAACGAUAUCGCACAGGAACAAUACUACACAUCGAUACCACACAUCAAUACCACACACACAUCAAUACAACACACACACACACACACAC